GUUUUCCUGAUUAAAUCCAUUUCCCUCUCUUUCUCUCUUGAUGGUGCAUAGAAGCUGAAGAUUUUGGGCGUUGGUUAAGUAGAAGAAAUGGUGGGGUUUGGGGAUGAGUUGAUUAUAGAGAGCUACAAAAUCCCAUGGCUAAUUUGGAUCCAACUUCUUAUUACCAUUCUUCUCUUUCUCCUCUUUUUCGGCUUCGCUGCCUUCACUUAUGACGCCUCUACUAGGUCAGCCGCGCCGCCAUCUGGUCACCAACCUGCAGCCAACAACUUUACCUCUCCAAACGGAAUAAUGACGGUGGAAGACGAGAGAGCUGGAGGGCGCGCAGGAAGUAGUGGAGGGUCGAGCAGAGAAGAGGAAGAUGAGUCGUCUCUAAAGGAUACCGUAAUUCUGGGCAUUUUCCGGCGUCCAACCCACCCUUGCAACUAUUUUGGGCGGGCCAAACAAGCGAUUUUCAAGUGCUUCGGGUUAGAUUCUAGCUCAGAGAGCUCUGCAAGUCAACAACAUGAAAAGCAAGAUUGACUAUGCUACAGCUCAAAGAUCUAAUGCAAAAUUACUAGUGAGCUUCUGUUCAAAAACUGUGUUUUGGGGCUUUAAUUGUAUCAUUAUUUUUUGUAGCA